AUGCAGCAGCCUCAAGGCUUUAUUGAUCCCCAUCAACCUUAUUCUGUUUGUAAAUUGGUUAAGUCCCUCUAUAGACUUAAACAGGCACCACGAGCCUGGUUUGACUGCUUUGCUUCUCAUCUGCUCACUCUCGGCUUUCAGGCUUCUUUAGCAGAUUCUUCAUUAUUUGUUCGACGCACUUCUGAUUCUCUUACUUAUCUUCUACUAUAUGUGGAUGAUAUCACCCUCACCGAGACUCAUGCUUCUUACAUUGACUGUUUGAUUUCUCAACUCAAAUUGAGGUUUGAUAUGACUGACUUGGGUCCUUUACGCUUCUUUCUUGGUCUCGAAAUUGCUUACUCAAGUCAUGGUAUAUCGGUUCAUCAGUCUAAAUACACCAAAGAUGUCUUAACUCGUUUUGGCAUGCUUAGUGCCAAGCCAUGUUCCACACCAAUUGCCUUAAGCAGUGCUCAUACGAGUUCUCUUUGUUCUGAUGCGGAUGCCAAGAAUUAUCGGUCUUUAGUUGGGGCACUGCAUUACUUAACCUUUAGCAGACCAAACAUAGCAUUUGCUGUUAGCAAGCUCUCUCAGCACUUGCAUUCACCCACUGAUGAGCAUUUAGUAGCUGCCAAACGAGUCCUUCGCUAUUUGCGUGGGUCUGUUGGUUUGGGCUUGAUUUUUCAAAAAGGCUGCUGUCUUGAUCACUCUCUUCGCCUCACUGCCUAUUCCGAUUCAGACUGGGCUGGUGAUUCCAAUGACCGUAGAUCUACUAUAGGCUUUGUGAUUUUUCUAGGCUCUAGUCCUAUCUCUUGA